GGAGAACUCUUACAAAUAGUGGUGGAAAAAUAAAAAUUUGCUUUUUUUCUUCGUUUAGUUAUUGAUAACACCCAUAGGCGUGAAGUAACAAGUGACUCUAGACGUAACAAUUAGUUUUUCACGAAACAUUUGAACGACCAUCAGGUGUCUAAUUAAAAGCAUUUAUCUCGUUAAGAUUGCGCGCUUCAACCGAGAGAAAUAAAUGUUUAUGUGCUUAUUGUAGUGGUUGAAAAAGUGAACACAAAAGGAAAAGAAACAAAACAACGUUAAGCUCGUAAAUUAACAAAAAUAGAAAUACCGCGCCAUUCUUACUGAAAAGUCGCUGUUAUCGCGACUUUAACACGAAAAAUAAAGUAUUAAUUUCCAUCGAAACACAUAAUUACUGUUAGCAUGGCUGAAGCCGGUGAGCAACAAACAGCAGCAACCAAUUCCAAUGCUCAAGUUAUACGAGGGCAAGUGUUUGAAGUUGGUCCUCGUUAUACAAACCUCGCGCACAUCGGAGAAGGAGCUUAUGGUGUUGUUGUAUUUUUUUCAAUGUCCCAUCCAAUUAAGACUUUCCCCGUCUUCAAAAAGUAUUUUGAUGUUGAUAUAUCGCUUGGAAUUAAUGCGAUUUUCAUCAUCAUGAUAGAGUACAUGCUAGAAGUGCAGAUAGAAUCUUUAUUGUUCAUAAUGCCACGGAUUACAGAAUGA